AUGUCGCCGGCCCAUGUCUCGGCCCCCGUGCCCAGCAAGGUCGACAUUUCGACGGCUCAGGAGGCUGCGGCAGCCACUGACGCCGAACACAACAUGGGCUUUGUCAAGUCCUUCAAGCUAUAUUGGAAAGCUUGUUUGUGGUCCAUCUUCAUCUCGACAUGCAUCAUCAUGGACGGCUUCGACACGGCGCUGCUGCGAUCGCUCUUCGCCUACCCGGCCUUUCAACGCCAAUUUGGGGUUCAGCAGGCCGACGGAAGCUACCAGCUCACGGCUGCUUGGCAGUCGGGCCUCACCAAUGGAGUGCUCUGCGGCUCCAUCAUCGGACUCUUCAUGAACGGAAUCCUUGCCGACCGCUUCGGAUAUCGCAAGACCCUCAUCGGCGCGCUGGUUGGAAUCACGGGCUUCAUCUUCAUCAUCUUCUUUUCGAAAACGCUGCCCCAGCUCCUUGUUGGAGAGAUUUUGGCAGGCAUUCCCUGGGGCAUCUUCCAGACGCUCACCACGACGUAUGCCUCUGAAGUGUGCCCUACCCACCUCCGAGCCUACCUGACGACCUACAACAACCUCUGUUGGGUCAUCGGCCAGUUCAUCGCGUCAGGCGUGCUCCGCGCCAUGGUGUCCAGAACUGACGACUGGGGCUACAAGAUCCCAUUCGCGCUGCAGUGGAUGUGGCCGGUGCCCCUAGCAGUUGGCAUCUAUCUCGCGCCGGAGUCUCCCUGGUGGCUCGUCCGACGCGGAAAGGUGGAUGAAGCCAGACGCUCUUUGGCUCGUCUGACGAGCCGCAGCACCGCAGGCACCGAGUUCAACAUUGACGAAACGAUAUCCCUCAUGAUCCAUACCAACGAGAUGGAGAGGGAGCUGACUGCCGGCACGACGUACUGGGACCUCUUCACGGGCGUCAAUGCUCGCCGCACUGAAAUUGUGUGCAUGGUGUGGAUGGGCCAGACUCUGUCCGGGUCCAACUUCAUGGGGUACUCGACGUAUUUCUACCAGCAGGCCGGGUUGGCUGUCGGCAGCUCCUUCAGCAUGUCCCUCGGGCAGUACGGCAUUGGCAUUGUCGGGACCAUUCUGUCUUGGUUCUUGAUGACCUGGUUCGGUCGUAGAACGUUGUUCUUCACUGGCCAGGUGUGUGCGUGCCUCAUCCUCUUCACCAUUGGCUGCGCGUCCUUUGCAGGCUCAGCCAAUACCAGCGCGCAAUGGGGCAUCGGGUCCUUGCUGCUUGUGUAUACGUUUGUGUAUGAUUCCUCUGUUGGCCCCAUCUGCUACUCGCUUGUCGCCGAGCUCACGUCGACUCGUCUGCGAGCAAAGUCGGUCGUGCUGGCCCGCAACAUGUACAACAUUGCCAGCAUCAUCGCCAACAUCCUGACGCCGCGCAUGCUCAACCCCACCGCAUGGGGCUGGGGUGCAAAGACGGGCUUCUUCUGGGCGGGCACUGCCUUGUGCUGUGCGACAUGGACCUUCUUCCGCCUUCCGGAGCCAAAGGGCAGGACAUACGGUGAGCUUGAUACCUUGUUUGAGCAGGGAGUGAGCGCGCGCAAGUUUGCCACCACGGCUGUGGGGAGGAUUGAUGCCGGCUUUGAGUCUGUUUCGAUUAGAAAGGAUGGAGGUUCCACUGCCGAGAUUGAGCGUAUCGCACCCAAGGCGUGA